GGACCUGGUCCUGGGCAGUUGGGAAUUGCAUCCCCGAGGUGGGGCCCAUGGCGGGCUGACUGCGUGCUUGGGGACCUCUGGACCACCCCAGGCUCUGAUUCCUGUGUUCCCACCCGCUAGGCAUCCCCCUCCCCGGCGCUGCGGCUGGCGCGCGCCCCGCCUGACGCUGCAGCUGGGCCGGCGACUCGCCAUUGGAUUAAAAAUAGCAGUGCCCGCCCGCCCGGGCAAGGGCCGAGCCUCCCUAGCUGGAGCGGAUCCUCAGCCGGAGCUGAUCCCCAGCCCGCACGGCCGCUGCGCCCCGGUCCUGCUCUCCCGCUGCGCCGCGCUCCUCCCCAGGCCCGCUGCGCUCUGCGGCCAUGCAGCGCCGGGGCGCCCUGUUCAGCGUGCCGGGCGGCGGCAGGAAGAUGGCUUCAGGGGACCUGGGCGAGCUGCUGGUACCGCAUAUGCCCACGAUUCGCGUGCCCAGGUCGGGGGACCGCGUCUACAAGAACGAGUGCGCCUUCUCCUAUGACUCCCCGAACUCUGAAGGUGGACUCUAUGUAUGCAUGAAUACAUUUUUGGCCUUUGGAAGGGAACACGUUGAAAGACAUUUUCGAAAGACUGGACAGAGCGUAUACAUGCAUCUGAAAAGGCACAUGCGAGAGAAGGUAAGAGCAGCAUCUGCUGGAGCCUUACCAAAAAGGAGGAAUUCCAAGUUAUUUUUAGAUCUAGAUAUGGAUGAUGAUUUAAAUAGUGAUGACUAUGAAUAUGAAGAUGAAGCCAAACUUGUUAUAUUCCCAGACCACUAUGAAAUAGCCCUUCCAAACAUUGAGGAGUUGCCAGCCCUGGUAACAAUUGCUUGUGAUGCAGUGCUCAGCUCCAAGUCACCUUAUACAAAGCAGGAUCCAGACACGUGGGAAAAUGAACUGCCAGUAUCGAAGUAUGCCAACAAUCUCACCCAGCUGGACAAUGGGGUCAGGAUUCCUCCCAGUGGCUGGAAGUGUGCCCGGUGUGACCUGCGGGAGAACCUCUGGCUGAAUCUGACUGAUGGCUCUGUUCUGUGUGGGAAGUGGUUUUUUGACAGCUCCGGGGGCAAUGGCCAUGCACUGGAACAUUUCAGAGACAUGGGCUAUCCUCUGGCUGUUAAGCUGGGCACCAUCACGCCUGACGGAGCAGAUGUUUAUUCUUUUCAAGAAGAGGGACCUGUUUUGGAUCCUCACUUGGCCAAACACUUAGCACACUUCGGGAUCGACAUGCUUCAUACCAACGGGACAGAGAAUGGGCUCCGGGACAAUGACAUCAAGCCAAGAGUCAGUGAGUGGGAAGUGAUCCAAGAGUCGGGGACUAAGCUAAAGCCAAUGUAUGGACCAGGGUACACAGGCCUGAAGAACCUGGGCAACAGUUGCUACCUCAGUUCUGUCAUGCAGGCCAUCUUCAGCAUCCCAGAGUUCCAGAGAGCGUAUGUAGGAAACCUCCCAAGGAUAUUUGACUACUCGCCGUUAGAUCCCACACAGGACUUCAACACACAGAUGACUAAGUUGGGGCACGGCCUCCUCUCUGGCCAGUACUCGAAGCCUCCGGUGAAAUCUGAGCUCAUUGAGCAGGUGAUGAAGGAGGAGCACAAGCCUCAGCAGAAUGGGAUCUCUCCACGCAUGUUCAAAGCCUUUGUCAGCAAGAGCCAUCCAGAAUUCUCCUCUAAUAGACAGCAAGAUGCCCAGGAGUUUUUCUUGCACUUGGUCAAUCUGGUAGAGAGGAAUCGAAUUGGCUCAGAAAACCCAAGUGAUGUUUUCCGGUUUUUGGUGGAAGAGCGCAUUCAGUGCUGUCAGACCCGAAAGGUCCGCUACACAGAGAGGGUGGACUAUCUCAUGCAGUUACCUGUGGCCAUGGAGGCAGCAACCAACAAAGAUGAGCUGAUCGCCUAUGAACUGAUGAGGAGGGAAGCGGAAGCAAAUAGAAGACCCCUUCCUGAGCUGGUGCGAGCCAAGAUCCCAUUCAGUGCCUGCCUUCAGGCCUUUGCUGAACCAGACAAUGUGGAUGACUUCUGGAGCAGUGCCCUGCAGGCAAAGUCUGCAGGGGUGAAAACAUCUCGCUUUGCCUCAUUCCCUGAAUACUUGGUAGUGCAGAUAAAGAAGUUCACUUUUGGUCUUGACUGGGUUCCCAGAAAAUUUGAUGUUUCUAUUGAUAUGCCAGACCUACUAGAUAUCAGCCAUCUCAGAGCCAGGGGCUUACAGCCAGGAGAAGAGGAACUUCCAGACAUCAGUCCCCCUAUAGUCAUUCCUGAUGACUCAAAAGAUCGCCUGAUGAACCAGUUGAUAGACCCUGCAGACAUUGACGAAUCCUCCGUGAUGCAGCUGGCUGAGAUGGGCUUCCCUUUGGAAGCCUGCCGGAAGGCUGUGUACUUCACUGGAAACACUGGAGCUGAAGUGGCCUUCAACUGGAUUAUCGUUCACAUGGAGGAACCUGAUUUUGCUGAACCCUUGGCCAUACCUGGCUAUGGAGGAGCUGGGGCCUCUGUAUUUGGUGCUACUGGACUGGACAACCAACCUCCUGAGGAAAUUGUAGCUAUCAUCACGUCCAUGGGAUUUCAGCGCAAUCAGGCAGUGCAGGCCCUACGAGCUACGAAUCAUAACCUGGAAAGGGCAUUGGACUGGAUCUUCAGCCACCCGGAGUUUGAAGAGGACGGUGACUUCAUGAUUGAGAUGGAGAACAAUGCCAAUGCAAACAUCAUGUCUGAGGCCAAGCCUGAAGGGCCCAGAGUCAAGGAUGGAUCUGGAAUGUAUGAGUUAUUUGCAUUCAUCAGUCACAUGGGAACAUCUACAAUGAGUGGCCAUUAUGUUUGCCAUAUCAAAAAGGAGGGACGGUGGGUGAUCUACAAUGACCACAAAGUUUGUGCCUCAGAAAGGCCCCCCAAAGACCUGGGAUAUAUGUACUUUUACCGCAGGAUACCAAGCUAAACCUCACAAGAGUUGGCUAGAAGAAGCCAUACACCUUUAUAAUUUGCCAAAAAAGAAAAAAAAAAAAAAAAAAAAAAAAAAUAAAUGAAAAAAGUCUGGACAACUGGACACAGAGGACUACAUGGUUAUUUAUUGCUUCUUUCAAGACUGGGGUCACUCCACUCAACGCCUUCAGGAGAAGAACUGGGAAGAGAUUUUUGUUGCUGGCAAUACUCUGUUGUGGAGAAUUUUGUAACUGUUCAGGGAGCAGGUGAUAUAAGCAAAGACAUUGGCUACCUGCACAUCAGAUAUGGAGUGUCCUUCCCUCUUCUACUUUGGGGGUUAGUGGUGAGGCCUCAUCUACAGUGAAAAAAAUGCCCCCAAAUAGGAAAUCAAAAUCUGGGCUGUUUUUUA